CGUGACUGGUCGCUAGGAUACCAAGUUCGCUUCCAGAGGGAAUGAGGGGAACAAGAGAGAUAGGCGGUGGGUGUCACUGUUGGAGAUGCCCGAAGGCCGAGAGAGGCGGGCCUGCGUCACCCUGAAUGGAGCAAAGCCUUGCGUCGGUUACACGAAGGACCGGCGGAAUACUCCUUCCUCACUCCUGAGACAGGAGCGCGACUGUUGCAUCAUCAGAUAACAUCACUGCAUUCAACAUGUGUUCAUUAGACCCACAACCUGAGUUUCAGCAGUUUAAAGACCCAUAUGAACAGUUUAUAUAUCAACAUCUCCAGUACUAUGGUUAUUUCAGAGAUGAGGAAAAUUUUCCUCACAAGUUUAGUUUUCCUUUUGAAAGCUGGGAGAACUCAUGCCAUUUAUUGACAGCAGGCAACCUCUGCAAAAAAGAUAGAAAAGAACAUGAUUCAGACAAGACCCUACUCUGUUCACUAGUAAUGGAAACUGCACUUCUUAAAAGCAAACAGCGCAUGCUUGAUCAACUAGAAAGCCCUAGUAUCUUGCGCUUACGGGAACCUCGGAAUCUUUUUUCUCUUCCUAGAGGUAGAAAUUCAAAAUUGAGCCCACUCUGGCCAAUCGAGUGUGAAGUAAUCGAGGAUCAUAUCUAUCACAUUGAAUGGGUUCCUCCUAAACCGGAACCUUUUUAUCAGCCAACUGGAAAUGAAUUUGCACCGGAAAUAGUUGGAGAGAGUUCUGGAACCGUUGUCUAUUUCAUAGAACCAGUGGUUCUCAGCUUCACAACCUCUGGUAUAAUACAUACCUCAACUACAGAUGCCUAUUUUAUUGCUUCACGAGUUGGAGGAUCAAGGCUACCUAUCAAGUCAGCUGCUGCCACCUUAAAAGAUCCAGAAGAUACUGUACUGUUAUUUGAAUCACGCUUUGAAAGUGGGAAUCUCCAGAAAGCAAUCAGGGUAGGCGAAUAUGAAUAUGAACUCACUUUGCGGACGGAUCUUUAUACCAGCAAGCAUACCCAAUGGUACUACUUCAGAGUACAAAAUACUAGAAAAGAUGUCAUGUACCGCUUCACAAUUGUUAAUCUGAUGAAAGCCAAAAGCCUCUACAAUAUGGGGAUGAAGCCUCUUAUGUAUUCUCAGAAGGAUGCUGAGUCUGAGGGUAUUGGCUGGAGGAGGGUGGGUAAUCAUAUCAAGUAUUAUAAAUACAACACAGAAGAAGGUCAAACCCUCUAUUGCCUCACAUGGACAGUGUGUUUUCCUAACAGCUAUGACACAUGUUACUUUGCUCAAUUUUAUCCUUAUACCUAUUCAGACCUACAAAAUUAUCUUUUGACUUUGGUAAGUAAUCCACUCUAUUCUCAGCAUUGCAAACUCCGCCCUCUGUGCAACAGUCUAGCUGGAAACACAGUAUACCUUCUUACUAUUACCAAUCCGUCCCAAAGCGCCAUGGCUGGAGCAGCAAAAAAGGCUAUUAUAUUAACUGCCAGAGUCCAUCCUGGGGAAACAAAUAGUUCAUGGGUGAUGAGAGGUUUCUUGGAUUUUAUCCUGAGUGAUGCUCCUGAUGCUCAGCUCCUUCGAGAUCUCUUCAUAUUCAAAGUUGUGCCCAUGCUGAACCCAGAUGGAGUUAUUGUGGGGAACUAUCGCUGUUCGUUGGCAGGAAGAGACUUGAACAGAAACUAUAGGACAGAAUUAAAGGAAUCUUUCCCCUGCAUUUGGUAUACUCGGGCUAUGAUCAAGAGAGUCCUUGAGGAACGUGAAGUUCUGCUCUAUUGUGAUAUCCAUGGACAUAGUCGAAAGAACAAUAUCUUCAUGUAUGGCUGUAACAAUAAAUAUACACAAGAUCAGUUACUUCAUGAGCGAAUCUUUCCUCUUAUGAUGAGCAAGAAUAUUCCUGAUAAGUUUUGUUUCAACAGCUGUAAAUUUCAAGUUCAGAAGUGUAAAGAAGGAACUGGACGAGUUGUGAUGUGGAGAAUGGGAAUACAGAACAGUUAUACCAUGGAAUCUACAUUCAGUGGAUCAACACUUGGUGCUAAAAGUAACUGUCAUUUUACGUUUGAGGAUCUCAAAUCUCUAGGUUAUCAUGUCUGUGACACUUUAUUGGACUUUUGUGAUCCAGACCGCUCUAAGUUUCAGCAGUGCUUGCUUGAGCUUAAGGAAUUACUGAAACAAAAAAUCCAGUCUAAGCUCUCAGAAUUGGGUAAAAACACAGAAAGCACUUGGAGUGACAUCUCUCUAUCUGAUGUGGAAUCCAGCACGAGUGGGUCUGACAGCUCCCAAUCAGAUGGCCCUCCUGCACAUUUGCUCAAGAUGGUAGAAAAGGACUGUAAUGAGAGGAAGAAAAGGAAGAAAAAGAAACUUCUGCGAACCAGGAAAGAAAGAAAUGAUUUGCAUCAGAAAUUUGCUGUGAGCCCUGCAUUAAAGCACAAGGAAAAAGUUCUGGGAGAAAACUUAAGUAACGGUCAAAAAUGUCAAGAGAUUCCUAGAGGAAAACAGAUGGUUCCCCUGACUGAAUGUGAGUUCAGGAUCAAGAAUCCCAGCCCCCUCCUGAUAUCCACGAUUCCUCUAUCACCAAUACAGCGACACAGUUUCACAACAUCAACCAUCAAACAGCUUCCUGCUCCAUUUUAUGGGCAUUCCAAUGGAGAACCUAAUGGGAAACAGGAUGCAGGUAUUUCUCUUCCACCAUCCUGUCCUGGAGUCAAACGGUACAGGUCCUUGUGGUGGAACCCUGAAGUACCUUCUGUGACUUCAAUGCUACGUAGAAGUCUCUCCUUGAAAUCUCAGAUUCUCUUAGGCAACAGACCUAGGUGGCACUUGGGUCAAAGCAGGUCACAGGUUCUUCCUCAUCGAGAAUUCAUUUGGAAGCCUUUCCAAAUUGACCCCAUACUUCUGAGGGCAGAGAAUGAAUACUGUGCCAAAACUAAGGGACUACCAAAAGCAGUCGGUCAAAAAUAUUCAUCACAAGAUAGCAGAGAAACCAUUCCAAGCAUUAAGUUUGUGUACCAGGAGCCAUGAAACCAUGAUUUUUUUAAUAAGCUACACUGAGGUAACAGCUGGUCAGUUGAAAGCAGGCACUCUCCCAUUUUGAUUUUUUUGUUACAAGACUUUAGUGCAAAGACUGCUGCACAUCUUUAGCGAAUGAGAACUUGGAGCCUUGAUGACGAAGACAGUAAAUUCUCUUCUUUCUAUAGAUUAAUAGCAAACUGUUCUGAAGGGCAGGGGUUUUCCUCCUUCAUUAAUAUCUUAAGAUAACUUAAGACAAGCUGCAUACAGAUUUCCCACCUAUUUGUUUUGCUGAUAAGAAAUAGAGGGCUAUGUGUGGAGGGAGAUUUGUGUGACAAAGCAGAAUUGUCAGUAGGAAGCGUCAUGAACCUAUUCAAAGUUUUGAUCUUUUUCAUAUCCUCUUGAUUAUUUUAAUAAUUUGCUCCCUAAUGAGAUUCAAAAUCAGCUCAAGGAAAAAUCAACGCAUGAAUUUAGUACAAAUUCAGUGAACAAAGGAAAAGUUAAGUGGUCUUCCUUCUUGAUUCUUCUUAUAAAUUAUCUCCUUCUCCAUUGAACUCAUAGUACUUUGGCAAAUGUUGCUUUAGAAAACUUCCUCAUCUUCAGCAGAAUAUCACCCAAACCUUUUCUAGUAGGAAAAAUAUUAUGCCUAACUAAUGUAUACACAAGGUUUCCUUCUUUUAUGAAGGAUAAAUUGCAAAUUCUACAAAUUCAAUUUUAUUGUUCAUAGAUUGUUUUAAGAAUACACCUUUUUACUGUUACAAUACAAAAAUACACCUUUUUACUGUUACAAUACAAAAAGCAAGCAAAACUAUUACUGCAUUUUUAUCCUUUGUGUGAAUGUAUCACUCCCCUACCUCUUAGGAGUACACUGACAGACCUGCACUUUUAUUACUGCCUUAGCUCAUAAUUAAAAAAAAAAUAAAACGUGUAUACAUUAGAAUACAUAAAAAUGUGCUGAGGAUGCAGAGAUCAUAAAAUAAUGUUUAUGUUCUUAAAGUUGGGCAAAAUUAAAUAACUCUGUUAAAAUAUAUUUAUUGAAGCCAUGUAUUGGAACUUGUAUUUGGUUAUGGAUUUGGUAUAAUAUUAAUGAAGUUUGUAUGUGACUUACAAAGGCUAACAGGUUUUGAAACUUGUACAGGUUUUGUUCUGUUAUUAAAAAAAUUAAACCAAUGACAAAUUAUAAGUACAGUGCUGCAAAGUAAUGUACAUGAAUGUAUCAGAAAUAUUAUUUUGCUUUUGUAUUUUUCACAUUACAGAUUAAAGAACUUUACAUAAUAAGCCUGGUCUGUCGUAUGUUUCACUGAAAAACAGUAUAAUGGCAACCAAAAGACAUGGAAGAUUUAUGGGCCAAAUUUAAAUUAAUUCACACAAAGAACCUAAAUAUCUGAUUACAUUUGGCAUCCUU